AUGGAUAACACUGACCAGACGAUUACGGACCCGGCGAAGUCCCCUCUGUUCAUUCCUCUGAACAUCGCCCUCACCGGCCUGCUGGCCUACGUCGCCUACAUGAUCUUCUCGCGACCCUCGCCCAGCGCCCAGCUGCCUCCCCCACCUCCCGCAGUUGUCUUCAAGACCUACACACCCCACACACUCCUCCCCUUCAACGGAGAGGACGGGAAGCCGAUCUUCUUUGCCGUCCGCGGUCGCGUCUUCGAUGUCUCCCGUGGCCGCAACUUCUACGGCCCCGGCGGCCCGUACUCCAACUUUGCUGGCCGUGACGCCAGCCGUGGUCUUGCCUGCGGCAGCUUCGACGAGGACAUGCUGACCAAGGACCUGGACGGUCCCCUGGACACGCUGGAGGGGCUCGGCGCGGAUGAGAUGGAGGCUCUCCAGGGCUGGGAGGACAGGUUCAACGAGAAGUACGAGGUUGUCGGCAAGCUGGUGUCGGUGAGCGAUUUCAACAAUGGCACCAAAGCGUAA